AUGGACAAAUCUAAUGCUGUGGCUGAAGUUUUCAAAUUUAAGAAGAUUAAGAAGAAAUCUGAUCUCACCAAAAUAGAAAAGUACAAACCAGUGCUGAAACAGGAUAGUUCCAAUGUCGAGUUUUCUUGUAAAUUCUUCAGAGACACAAGUUUUCUAAGAUUUGCAAAAGAACGUAAAUUUGUUGAUAUGUUUCUAAUUUGGGCAGAAAAAGAAAACAUCGCAAAGUAUUGCAGAUCGUCAAAUUACCUGAGAAGAGAGGAUGAAAAAGAAGUUUGUUGUUGGUUAUUGCCAAAUCAGACAGAACAACUGAUAGAUAGACUUGGGGAAGAGAUAUUCACACAUGUCACAAUGAGGGACCGAUCAAUACAUAAAUCAGUGUAUAGAAAGCUGGGCAUACCAGUACAAGUGAUAAUGAGAGGAGAUGACUCCGUGAAAAAUUUCCUGGACAAUCUAAAGAAAGGAAAGACCGCCAUGUACCACGCCACUGGGAUGUUGAUAGGAUGUGCAGGCAGUGGAAAAACAACGUUACUUGGAAGAUUAAAAGGCAUAGACAUAUAG